UGAAAUUCAAACUCUUCAACAUUCAAACCAUUCCAACAUUCAAACUAAUCUUUCAUUCAUACCACAUUAUGUCAGUAUUUCAGUUCAACUUCAGCAUUGGAGCGUUAGCAUUGUCUUUGUUGACUCCCUUUAAUCCCGUGUGCGCCUCCUGGUUCGCUAAUCCGAUUAGCGGCCUGCUUGUUGUCUUCAUGCUCGUCCCGGUCUUGGUCUUCCACCAUGCCGGUCUUCUACUCGCCUCUGUCAGAAAACCUCCGCGUCGGCCUGGCCCACGUGGGGAGUUCUGUCUGGACCAGCAACAGGACGGCGGAACACUUGGGCAAAGACCACGAUGACCACUCUGGGGUCAACGAGCUGGUGUCUCACCUUCCUCUGCAGAUGUUGCUCUACUUCAACAUGUUCUACUUCCCCUGCUGGUGGUUCUCCUCCGUCUUCAUGCUGCAGUUGAAGUACCAGUACCUCCCGGCGUACUACCAGGGUCUUCUCAUCUCGGGCGUGGUCCUCCUGACGCUGGUGGAAGGGCUCAGACUCUACCUGGGUUACCUUGGCAACCUGCAAGAGAAGUGGCGUCCGUCCUCAGGUCCCGGAACUGUCGGCCUUUUGGCUGCUGACGUUCCUGUUCCAGCUGCCGGUGCUUCUCUUCUUCCUGACGGACGAGGAGAUCCUCAUCCUGCCUCUGGAGCGGGCCGUGCACGCCCUCUACCUGACCUUCCUACUGGCCCAGAUCCUGGCCGCCACCUUGGCGCUCCGGAGGAUGACCCGCAAGCUCACUUUGCUCUUCCACCUGCGCCAGCUGGGAAAAGUGGACAGCUUGGGCCAGCGCUCCACGCCCGUGUGCGGCCUGACGUACCGCCGCAGCGUGUUGCCUGUGUCGCCCACCUGUGCCGCUUACCCCUGAACUAUAUUUGUAUUAUAUUUUUAACGUACAACACAAUUUCAACAGCAAAAAGCUGCCAAGGCCUUACUAUUGAAAUUACUUUGUUUAUUAUUAUUCUCCAUUUUUGAGGGCAGUACCUUAC